GGCGGGGGGAAGUUUAGGAGUUGAGGAAAGAAGAUUAAAGAGCGCGAGGAGAUCUCACAGACCAGUGGAAUAAAGGCCUUUUGCAUAUGAAGAUCAGGUGACAAGUUAACUGGCUACCAGCCUCCAAAGCAAUACGCCCUUUCAUGUCACACAAAAAGAAGUGUUAAGAAUUGCCCUUUGAGACUCUGAAGACUAAAGUUUAAAUGGAAGGCAAAAAGAUUCAUCUGUACUAAGUGGCCAGACAAUCUGCUUGGAAGAGUACCUGAUAAAUUGCAAGUCUGUUUGUGCCCCAUAGCUGCACAGACUGCCUGAAGUUACAUUUAGAGACUGAAAUCACUGCACCUUAAAAACAAAAGAUUGAGCUGCACUGCAUUCUUAAUGUUUCACCAUCACUAACUGGAUUUUCCUCGUGACAUUGCCGUCUGCAGUGGCUGGCACUUUUCCUCCACGAUCUGAGAGAAAGAGAAUUGGCUGGAAUAAAACCUUGCUUUCCAUAUGGUUGACUUGAAAUACAGCAUUGAAAAGUUCCUUGACCGUCAUUCUGUGGCCUGCCCCUUCUCUUUAUAUGCAGCCGCUCUCUGUUCCCUGCCCCAAUGAACAUCUGCACUAGGCCCAAGCCUUGGAGUGAUUUACCUGAAGAGUGACACCAUUUAUUUGAAAACUACUAUGAGGAAACUGAAGCCCAGAGAGGUGAAGUGAGGUGCCCAAGGCCACACAGCAAGUUAGAGGCACAGCUAGUACCAUAGCUCAAGUCUCCAGACUCCCAGCCCAGUGCUCCUCCCAUUACUCCACGGGUCCUGUCUCUAAGCUUCCUGACAAAUGCUAGAACGGAAGAAACCCAAGACAGCUGAAAACCAGAAGGCAUCUGAGGAGAAUGAGAUUACUCAGCCGGGUGGAUCCAGCGCCAAGCCGGGCCUUCCCUGCCUGAACUUUGAAGCUGUUUUGUCUCCAGGCCCAGCCCUCAUCCACUCAACACAUUCACUGACAAACUCUCACGCUCACACCGGGUCAUCUGAUUGUGACAUCAGUUGCAAGGGGAUGACCGAGCGCAUUCACAGCAUCAACCUUCACAACUUCAGCAAUUCCGUGCUCGAGACCCUCAACGAGCAGCGCAACCGUGGCCACUUCUGUGACGUGACGGUGCGCAUCCACGGGAGCAUGCUGCGUGCACACCGCUGCGUGCUGGCAGCCGGCAGCCCCUUCUUCCAGGACAAGCUGCUGCUGGGCUACAGCGACAUUGAGAUCCCGUCCGUGGUGUCAGUGCAGUCGGUGCAAAAGCUCAUUGACUUCAUGUACAGUGGCGUGCUGCGGGUCUCGCAGUCGGAAGCCCUGCAGAUCCUGACGGCCGCCAGCAUCCUGCAGAUCAAAACGGUCAUCGAUGAGUGCACGCGCAUCGUGUCGCAGAACGUGGGCGAUGUGUUCCCGGGGAUCCAGGACUCGGGCCAGGACACGCCACGGGGCACUCCCGAGUCAGGCACCUCGGGCCAGAGCAGCGACACCGAGUCGGGCUACCUGCAGAGCCACCCGCAGCACAGCGUGGACAGGAUCUACUCGGCGCUCUAUGCCUGCUCCAUGCAGAAUGGCAGCGGCGAGCGCUCCUUCUACAGCGGUGCGGUGGUCAGCCACCACGAGACGGCGCUCGGCCUGCCCCGCGACCACCACAUGGAAGACCCCAGCUGGAUCACGCGCAUCCACGAGCGCUCGCAGCAGAUGGAGCGCUACCUCUCCACCACGCCCGAGACCACGCACUGCCGCAAACAGCCCCGGCCGGUGCGCAUCCAGACCCUGGUGGGCAACAUCCGCAUCAAGCAGGAGAUGGAGGACGACUACGACUACUACGGGCAGCAGAGGGUGCAGAUCCUGGAGCGCAACGAGUCCGAGGAGUGUACGGAAGACACCGACCAGGCCGAGGGCACCGAGAGUGAACCCAAGGGCGAAAGCUUCGACUCGGGCGUCAGCUCCUCCAUAGGCACCGAACCCGACUCCGUGGAGCAGCAGUUCGGGCCCGGGGCGGCGCGGGACGGCCAGGCCGAAUCCGCGCAACCGGAGCAGGCCGCGGAAGCCCCGGCUGAGGGCGCCCCGCCGCCUCACCAGCUAGAGACCGGUGCCUCCUCCCCGGAAAGAAGCAACGAGGUGGAGAUGGACAGCACGGUGAUCACCGUAAGCAACAGCUCCGACAAGAGCGCCCUGCAGCAGCCUGCGGUCAACACGUCCAUCGGGCAGCCACUGCCAAGUACCCAGCUCUACUUACGCCAGACGGAAACCCUCACCAGCAACUUGAGGAUGCCUCUGACCUUAACCAGCAACACACAGGUCAUUGGCACAGCCGGCAACACCUACCUGCCGGCCCUCUUCACCACCCAGCCCGCGGGCAGCGGCCCCAAGCCUUUCCUCUUCAGCCUGCCACAGCCCUUGGCAGGCCAGCAGACCCAGUUUGUGACAGUGUCCCAGCCCGGCCUGUCAACCUUUACUGCACAGCUGCCAGCGCCACAGCCCCUGGCCCCAUCCGCCGGCCACAGCACAGCCAGUGGGCAGGGCGAAAAAAAGCCUUAUGAGUGCACUCUCUGCAACAAGACUUUCACCGCCAAACAGAACUACGUCAAGCACAUGUUCGUACACACAGGUGAGAAGCCCCACCAAUGCAGCAUCUGUUGGCGCUCCUUCUCCUUAAAGGAUUACCUUAUCAAGCACAUGGUGACACACACGGGAGUGAGGGCGUACCAGUGUAGUAUCUGCAACAAGCGCUUCACCCAGAAGAGUUCCCUCAACGUGCACAUGCGCCUCCACCGGGGCGAGAAGUCCUACGAGUGCUACAUCUGCAAAAAGAAGUUCUCCCACAAGACCCUCCUGGAGCGACACGUGGCCCUGCACAGUGCCAGCAACGGGACCCCUCCCGCAGGCACACCCCCGGGGGCCCGAGCUGGCCCUCCAGGGGUGGUGGCCUGCACGGAGGGGACCACCUACGUCUGCUCCGUCUGUCCAGCAAAGUUUGACCAAAUCGAGCAGUUCAACGACCACAUGAGGAUGCAUGUGUCUGACGGAUAAGUAGUAUCUUUCUCUCUUUCUUAUGAACAAAACAACAAAAAAGAAACAAACGAAAAAAAGCUAUGGCACUAGAAUUUAAGAAAUGUUUUGGUUUCGUUUUUACUUUCUGUUUUUGUUUUUGUUUCGUUUCAUUUUGUACUACAUGAAGAACUGUUUUUGCCUGCUGGUACAUUACAUUUCGGAGGCUCAGGGGGAUAAUAGUUCUCCCAGUCUCCCUCGGAUGGUGGCCUUAAGGCCUGGUAGUGCUUCAGGAGGUCCACUGGUUGGAUCUCUAGCUACUGGCCUCUAAAUACAACCCUUCUUUACAAAAAAAUCUUUAAAAAAAAAAGUAAAAAAAAAAAAUUUUCUUUUUUCACUUGUGAAGAGCACUACAAAAAUAUAUAACAAAAUCUAAAAGGCCUACUGUCUUUAAGUACACCGCUUGCAGUGUUUCAGUGGACAUUUUCACAAUUCUGGCCGCUUGGACUUCACAGUAACCAGUUAAAACUGUGGAAUAUCACUUUCUGGUUGAAAACCCAGAGGAAAGGCCCUGCUGUUUUCCACCCCCAACGUUGUCUGAUUUCAUGCAAGGGCUGCGGGUGUGGGAAGGGGCGUGGGUUUGGUGGUGUGGGAAAGGCAGACGGCAGGCUUCUCCCCCAGAUUCUGCUCGGUCCACACACCCUGGCCCACCCCCUCCAUGCCCCCCCCCUUUCAGCAGAAGCCAGGAAGACUUGGACAAGCAUCAAGCAACAGUGGCUAUCGUAUUUAUUCAGUGUCUUCGCUGAGCCCCAGACUCAGCACAAUCAAGAGGGACUUUCAUGAAAGGCAGGAAUGCAGAUAAAACAAAGAUAUCAGAGGUUUGCACCUAUGUUUCUAGGUACAAGAGAAGGAUUAUUUCCAACAAUCUUUGCAAAAAACAAAAACAAACAAAAAAAAAAGUGUCAGGAUAUAUUCUUGUGGAAGAGAAAAAGAAAGAGAAAUGGAGGGGGGGGGAAUAAUAAAAAGUUCUUGAGGCUUUUUUAAUUCAAAAUUUUAUAGAGGGGCAAAAGUGACGUUUACCAGAUAGAAUGCUGAUUUUUUUAAUAUAUUUACAACAGUAUUUGUGUAAAAAAAAAAACAAAAAAAGUGAGAUUGUUAAAAGUAAUUUUUUUUUCAUUUUGGUUUUGCAUACACUGCCACCAAUCCCUUCUCUUUUAUUUUAUUUCACACACAUAUAUAUAUUUUUUGGUAAGUCAAGACUGUUAAGGUUAGCGAUACUGCUUCCAGAUAGAAAGAAUAAAAGGCAAUUAAAGUUAUAUUUGAAAGAGAGGAAGGAUAUUUUCUUCAUAUUUUUUUAAAUUUUUCUUAAUUUUUAUUAUUUUAAGUAUUGCCUGGGUUGAUGAGGGCCUCUGGCCAGCCCACCCCUGCUGUAAUUUGAACUGCUGCUUUGUAUUUUGAUAUGUAGUCUUUCGACUUUUAGCAAGCUUAUGUUGCUCCACUGAAUAUUUUUUUCAACUGAUUCAUCUAGAAUUCUGUUCUUUUUCACGGGAGGGACUUUAUCUUUCAGAAACAGAUUUCUUGCUUCUCUGAAAGUUCAUUGAGAUCUUAUGAUUCUAGAAUUUCUAUUGACUUUACCUUUUUUCUUUGAUGAAACACUAGUAGUCUAGAGGUCUUGACAAAAGUGUUCUUUCCUUUUGUGGUCAGCCGGGAGGAGGAGUUCACAAAACUCUACUGUCCCUCCUCACCCUUCACGACUACAGAGAGCGGCGUUAUCAGAAGCCUGUUGCAGAUCAGAAUGCCUCGAUGCCGAAAUUACUUUCUUCCUUUCAAAGAUCACCUUCUAUUUCCACCAUGGUUGAGAGGGCUAAAUAAGAUGAUUAUUCUUUAGAUGAUUUAUUAACCCUUGCUUUUUGGUAAGGUUUUAAAGAAACUAACAAAAAUCUCCCAGAUGCCAACAUCCACCAUUCAGAAGGCCACCGAUUCAUUACAUCAUCUUAGAUGCCACUCUCUCUUCCUAGUUGGGAUUUCUCUCCUCGGUCCUGAUCAAGGUAUCAGAAUAGAGAUUUUUUCCAUUAUAGACAGUGUCCUAAAGGGAUUCCAACUCAAAUACAGGAAUUUUUAAACCUAAUGAAAACUCCAAAGGUGAUUUCAUUGCUGGGCAUAUUUUAACACACUUAAGGGGAAAAGUAAAUCUUUAAACAAAGCAGAAACACUAAACUACAGUUUAAAAAGAAAAAAAGAAGGAAAGAAAGUAUUUCAGUUUCAAAAUUACUUUGCAUUUUAAUUUAAUUUUCCUAUCAGCAACUUAUUUACAAAAACUGUGCAACAAAUGAGGAGAAAUCUCCCAUGAGAAGCAACUGUAUAAUAACUAAAUUGGUUUUACUCAUACAUUUUAGGAUUGGUUAACUUGUAUCUUUUCCAUAAGUUCUUGGUGAUGUUUAGUAGUGUUAGUGCGACUGGACUGGCGUAUAUGUGAGUUUCAUUUGGUCCUGUGGUCCUUCAUUCAGUAAAUAUUUUGCUAGUAGUUUUAAUGUAGACUUGGAUGAUUAACUGACUGACCUUUAAGUAUCACCCAUCGUGAUUUCUAAGAGGAGUCCUACUAAAAACUAUCUGUCCAAAAUUGACCUGUUUUAAAAGCUAGUGGGAAACAGCUUCAGAAACAAGAAAUAGUCCAUUUUCUCUUGCUUUUUGAAAUAGCUAUCUUAAGUAAGACUCCAGUAUUUCCAUUUACUACCAACAGAGGGAGCAUUAGUUAAUUAACCAUGGCCUAGAAUUUUGAUAUUUUGAAAAACAAGUCAUUCAACCCAUGAUGUAAAAAAGAAAAAAUUGACGUUAAAAAAAGAUCCUUUUAAUCUAGAGGAAAAUGACAUGAAAUCACUCAGCGUAUGUUACAAAUGGAAGAAGGCCAAAAGCCACUUUAAAAUAUUUUGAAUUAUUGGACAGUAGCUCGUUUAAAAUAGUGGCCUUACACAAACCUUAGCAAAGUAGACAGAUGUUAUAGGACCUCCAGAAACUUGAUCUUGGGUGGCAGUAUGGGCGACAUUUAGCUAUCUGCUUGUCAAAUCUGAGGGAGACCCAUUCGCCUUAGUGCUGAUCUGCCAUGUAAAAAACUAAGCAAUUGGGUUAAAAUUUACUUUUUGUUCUAGAACACGUGGGGAAAAAAAUACCAGUUGGGUUUAAACCCUAAUAUUCAUCCUUUCCCUUCAAAUGAAGUAUCUCUUUUUUUUAAAUGUUAGAGGACUCCCAAAGAAUUCCUGGUGAGGUGAUGUAAUCAUUAUAACAAUAUGGACUUUCCAGGUUUGCAUAGCAGUAGACUUUUUCUUACUGUGUGUCUAUUCCUCCCAAACAUCUCAUAGUCCAAAAUAGUUGACAGAUUGUUCUCUGGAGAAAGGAAGCAGCUAGAUUGGAGUGGAAGAUCUAAGCUGGGGAGCAGUGAACUUGCUGUGGGACCUUACUCCAUGUUCUGGCCUCUGAAAGGGCUGCUUCCAAACUGACCUAUAUUUUAGGAAAUAAACUAGUCCGUGCCUAUUUCAAAAGGAUAGAGAUGCUUUUAGUUUGUCAGUCCUUCCUUCCAAAUUAAAUAAUCACCAACAUCUUAGGAAAGGGGAGACAUUUUGCUUCAAGAAUAGAAGAUGAGCAUAGAUUCUUUUAUUCUUUUAGUUUCAGAUCCAACAAUCUUCUUACAUUUGGAACUUUAUGCUAGGAUGCUAUGAGUGCUAAAAAAAAAUAAUUUCAGUAGCCAGGGGAAAAAAAAUAGAUGAAAUGGAAGCAAGUGUUCCAGAUUUAAGACCUCUUAGGAUGAGUACAGGGAACAAGAACUGGUGUGGAAAAGUACUGAUUUUUCUUUUUUUUUUUUUUUUUUUUUAGCAAUUUAUGACUUAAAACUGGAUUAGCUGGACAAAGGAAAGGAAAAAGUCAAAGGGGAACGUUCAUCUCUAGACAUUUAGAUACAGUUUAUGAAAAAUAAAAUUUUCUAGCACUAACACAUCAGUAGCAUCUUAGCAGAGUGGGCAAAUUUUCCCCUAUUGAUAUAAUAAAUGCCAAAAUUUGUACCCCCCCAAAGCCCCAAAUGUGUAAAAUAGAGCCCAAAAAAAGGAAGGAAUUGAGACAUAUGGAUCUGAUACAAAUCUACACAUGGGAAAAGAUUGAGAAACAAGCCAGGCCAAAAUAGACUCUGAAAUGAAAGUCUCUAUAUCAAAAUAUUUCUUAUUAUACAGUAUGAGUUGUAAACUUUAGCUUCUAAUAACAGUUUUAUAGACUUUUUCUUCCCCAAAUUCCUAAUGCUCUGAAUCUGUUUGUGCCAUGAGUAAGUGUGGUGAAUACUUUCCUGCUGUUGUUCAGGCUGAAGCCCAUUCCUUCUUCCUAGGCAUCUCGGAGGUCACAGUAGCUCCUGGCCUUAGAAGGAAAGACUUGAAUUUGCUUUGUUUAAAAGUCACAGGGAUUUUAUUUUGUAUCAGCUCAACAUUCUGUAAGGACCAAGAAAACUUCUUCCAACUCAUGAACAGUUAGAAUUUGUGCAUUGUGAUAUGAAAAGAGAAAAGGUUUCCUCUGGAUGUGUUAGUUUCAUGUUAGUCCUAAUGCCUUCACCUACCUGUACCCCAUCAUACAAGCACACCAACAGAAUGUGCCCAGCCCAGGCCCCUAAUCAGUGUUUUCCCUCAGCACAGAAAUUGAAAGUGAGGUGUGCUUCGUAUAAAAUCCCUCAGAGCCCCAAGAGAACAUAAUAAGGGUCACGUCGCAUCCUCGGUGCGGCUCCUCCAGAAUGUUCCCAAUACCUGCUGCCCUGAGGAAAGGGGGCAGUGAGGUAGAUCUGGCCAGGAUUCCCACUAGCUGUGCCCAUUUUGGAGCCUUCCUCUAUUGUUCUAGAAGAUGUCAUUUAAUCAGUCGGGGCUGGGAGCAGAGGAUGUGUGACUGCAGCAAAGGUAUCAGAUAACCACAUCAGGUCUGCAUCUGCUAUAGCCAGUGCGCUGCCGCAGCAAAAAGAGGCAAAACGAAGGCGCAAGGGAGGAGUAGGCACCACCUGAGCUGCCCUUGGGAUUUAGGAAAAGGGAGAGUGCCCUUUCUGUUGUGACCUGACUCUUAAAAGAAAUCUUCUGAAAGAAUAAUAUAGUCAUGAGUUGAAGUCCAGGGUAGUGGGAGCCCUGGAGAAGGGAACAGAAGGAUUGCGAAACGUAUUCAGCACCAAUAAUGCGAAGCCAGAAAGCAUCCAAUCGCAACACUAGGAGCUUUGGCAAGAGGCAUUUGGAGAAAGCUCUGGGCUUUUCCAUGGGUAGGGUCGACAGACUUUUCAGUGAUUUCUGGCUCUGAGAAACCUCUUUACUAACUAUAAAAGAACUUUAUUUAAAUGGCCAAUUUUGUCCCCCAGAGAAAGAAAUUUUAUAAAGAGAAAAAUAGGACACUAAAGACAGAACCAUGGGACUUUGUGUCUAACAAAAGGAGGGGUGCACUAGAAUUUCAAUCGACUCCCUGAUUCCACAGAAGAGCCGGGCGACCCAGUGCCCCAUGGUGUGCGGUGUGCGAGGAGGGUGCCUGAGCUGAGCCGGGCUCCCCGAGGCUAGACGCGCCCUCUCGGUGGUCCGGCAGCAGCUGCUUUCUCUUCUGUGCUCUCGUGAAAAAAGGGGCUGUUCUCUUAGGUGCCCGGGAAAUAGAUGACACGGGGCAAACUUUCAAAAGCAAUCUCUACCCUGGGGCUCAGGCCGCAUAUGGAGACAGAAAAGGGGCACAGAGGAGCUCUUGCUCCAGAGAGAAUAUUUUCAGAUUCACAACAGCUGUUUGUGUAGAGUUGCCAUUUCUGAUACUGCUUAAACCUCCCCAAGUAGGAAAGCUGUGGUGAUUCAGUGUUCCUGUAACCGCAGAGCCUGGAAAUUACUAACCCAAAGCAUCAUUUCUAACACUAGGUGCUAAGAUGAUUAGCCUGACCAAAACACCCCAGAGAACUUGAUUAGUCUCUGAAUAUUUUUUCUCCUGGGACACCAAAUCCAUAGUGGUCAGUGGUGCACGUUAACAGAUCCCAGAAAAUGGCAUGAAACGCUAGGGUCCAUCUGGAUUCUUUUUAGGGUGAAGAGGUAGAAGAUGAGGGCUGCACAGCAUGUGUUCUUUUUCAGAACUAUGUAUUUCACUGAACGAGGGGUAGAAAUGCCCUGGGUUGAAACAAGAAACAUCAUUUUCCACACCGCUGACCAAAAAUGCCUGGUUUCCGGUGGUUCUUCAGGCCCAGCCUGUUGCUCCAAAAACUGAAUAAUUUCAGACUAAACCUUAUCUGAAGUGACCUCAGUUAAGGUAUUUUCACAGGAAGCCACUUAUAGUAAAGAGUUACUGCCUUAAGUCAGAAAGCCCAGGGAAGAGAACAGAAGAUAGAUCGGAAGGGUGUGAAGACGUGGACACUUCUUGCCUUUUUAUGGUUGCAUUAUUACAAAAAUGAGCCCUAUUCAUGACUGAAGACUAUGGAAACAGUGGCUUUAGGGGGAGGCACCAAACUUGUCAGGAACUGGCUGCCCUCAGGAAGUGGCGGUUAUUUCCUAUCUCAGUGACAUAGGUCUGGGCUGGACGUAAAAUAGACAUCCUAUUAGCUAAAUAGCGAGUCCCAUAAGACACAAUCACAGGUGCCUAAAAUGCUAGUUUGAAUCAUUUCCUUAACAGAACAAUCUAAACAAAAAGCUGUCUUUUCCUGUACAGUGUGUAUCUCUAAACUUUUUUUUCUCAGUUUCAGUGAGCAUCUGGGUUAUCUGGUGGUUCUUUGUUUAAAUGCAAACUCACAACUUUCAAGUCUUCAAUGAAGGAGCACGAUCUGCAGAUCAUAGGGAAAAUCUAGCUGCAGUUAUUGGAGUCCUGGCUUUUGAGAUACCUAAUUAGGGUGUAAAAAGUCCCUAACUAGCCCUCUUUCAAAUUCAGAGGUUUUCUUGAUUCAAAAUGCUUCAAUGAGAUUCUAACCCAAGGCAGGAAAAAAAAAAAAAAAAUUAACCCCAUAGGAGACAUCUGUUUCUACUACCGUUGCAACAGAAGUUUGUUGUUGCCCAGCAGAAUCAUUGCAAUUUAUAUGUAGAUUCUAGUAAUGAAAGGGACUUAACCCAUCUAGUAUGUCACAGCUGCUGUCCAAAAUGUCUGUAAAUGAGUAUACAUUAUGCAUGUACACACGCAAUGUGAGGUGCUCUCAGUACAAAACUGUUCCACAUUCGUAUUCCCUAGUGACAACAAGAUAAAGUCUGGAAUUUAUAGUUAGUCAAAGAUCUCAGAUAUCUCAUGUAUCUGCUUCUGCUCUGUUGCCUUAGUUGGGUGCAUUAGUGCUGUCCACUAUCUGUGUUGAGGCUUUAGGGCAUUCUGAAGGAGCCCAACCAUCAGUAAUUUCUAUGUACCCCUUUCAUGAGAAACUUGAAUAUGCUUGUGUGGAGUAGAGUGCACUUAAUGAACUGCACUUCUAUUGGAUUUACUGACGUGUGUGUGGACAUGCGUGUUUGCGUGUGUACUUGCUGUGGUCUGGGAGUAUGUGUGCAUCUCAAACAAAGCACACACAGGCAUAGGUCCUGGUGCGUAGAUACUGUUGCCUCUUCCCGCCAUCGUGCUCAAGACUGGUGGCUCCCUUCCCAGGAAGCAGUCACCUGCCCACUCUGUUGCUUUUUGUAGCGUUUCAGAGUUGGGAGACACAAAGGCAGCUUGUUGGAUCCACAGCAAACCCACAGUGACAGGCUGCUUUCCUCCAGAAGAAGGUAGAACAGAUGUACUCAACUGGCAAGUAGGUAAGAGGGAGCAGCAAUGUGGGGCACCCCCUCUACCCAGGUUUCCUGUGCAGGAGCGGGCACCAAGGCCAGGCAGGCAAGGCCCAUGCAAACCUUUGCCUGAGCCCUUCCAUGGCUUAAAAGCCUCCAUUCCUUUCCUCUAUGCAACCCAGUGUGUGCACACAAACACCCACCCACUUGUAAGUUUGACUCCAAAACUAAAGCUUCCUAAUCCUGCCUGCAUCUGCAGGGAACCAUCAUCAAUCACAAACUGUGUCUCCUGAAACCAAUGUGGCCUUUGCUGAAGUCUUUCCAGGAGUGGGUUGUUUACCAUGUCUAGCAAACCAAUAGACUCUCAGAAGAAUCGUUUUCGGUAAUCUCUAAGAAUUGAUGGCUCUUGCCCAUCUCGAACAUUAAAGUAGAACGCGCUCUACUGGACUAUUCUGAACAAACGGACCUGGCUCUCAUAGCUGACUUUGAAGGGUGGCCUGGAAACAGUUGGAUUCAGUUUUCUCACUCCCACGCCCUUCUUUUACUAGAUGGUUUCUUAUUUUUUAUGACAUGUGGAUUAUUUCUGCUCACUUACAGAAUUCAGAGGACGUUUUCUUUCCUCUUCUAUUUUGGUGACUUUUCCCCUCCCCAAUUAAGUAAGGCUACUUACAGUUGCAAUCUUUUUGUUGUUACUAUUGUUUUAAAUGUAUAUUGUCUUUCUAUAUCCAAAAGAAGUCUGUGACUGUAACCAUAGGUAUUUCUUUUUACUGGAAAAAAAUGAGUUUUUUUUUUUUUUAGUUAACAGUACUAGUGACUUUGUGGAAGAAUAUGAGUUACUAUUUAGGUAUGCUUACUUACGUACAGUACACUACAUUGCAGUAUUUCUGAAAGCUAGAACAUACACAUUAUAUAUAACAACUCUAUAUUGAAAUAUAUAUUACAUUAUAUUCAUUUUAACUUUUGAAUCUGCCUAUGAUCAUGAGUUGAUUGAAAUACUAUUUCUUUGCAUUUAUCACCCAUCACCAACCUGCUGCAGUUAAUCUGGUGCAUUUAAUAAUAAUCAAUCAUUACUGCUCUAGUUUGCUUUUUAUAUUAUCAGCUUCAGUUUUGUCUUUACAGGAUUUUAGAAUUUUUUUUAAGCUCAGACUUAGCAAAUGUAGGAAAGUGAAAACUUUUUUUAAGAAAACAUUUUUUUUGGUGUGGCCGACACAAAGAGGUUCAUAGUCAAAGUGAUCUUGUUUAGCUGACCCUCUCAAUAUCUGAAGAACAAAAGAAGUGCAUAUGAAUGUAUCUGUGAUUUUCCCCUCUAGGACUGUCACUGUCUAUAUUUGCUUUUAAAAAUAUGACCAAGGGGCCUCUUAACCUCCGUAUGAUCUGACCAACAAUUACAGGCUGCAUUUCAAAGGGCUGCUCAUCUGAGAAGCAGAAGGCAGUUAAAGGCCUAGUUGUCCCAACUGUAUUUUCAAAUAUUGAUUUUUAAUACUAGUUCUUUACUGACUACUUUCUGUUUUCAGUAUGCUUACAGUUAUUUUAACCAGUCUUCAGUGCUUCCCUGGAGGCAGCUUAGCAAUAUAAUGUUCAUUUUCCUAGGAGACUCUUUUUAAUAAAAUCAGAAUUUAGGAACUUUUUCAUGACAGAGGCUGAUAGAACUAGAACUCAGAAAAUUAUAGUUCAUUUUUUUAGUCUGCAGAAUCCAUAAAAUAGUGGUUCUUGGGCAUCUAGCCCUCAAUAUCUACAUUUGUCUGUUAAUGUGGGAACUUGGUGCCUUUCUUCUUUAACCAGGCCAUCACGGAAACGUCAGAAAUCAGGCAUCCUGUCUUCCUCGCAAGAAAUAUUUUCAAAUAGUAUUUUUAGAUAAAGAGCUCCUUCAGCUUCCCUCAGCUACUCAACCCAAUGCCUGGAAAACCCCGCUGAUGGAUAAACUUUACAUUCGUCCUGGGUGCCUGAGACCAGUUCUACAUUCAGGACAGGAUGAAAACAGCUGUUCGUCAUACUCAGCGUGAGAGCUCUUCCCACACUGAACCACCCGUUAAGGCUUCUCAGUGUGAAUAACACCAAUUCCUUCCUUUCGUCUUUUCCAGUAGAUUUUGUUUUCAAAUCCCACCCCAUUCUGCUGUGCCCCUCCAACAAGCCCUCCCCCCUCCCCUUAUCCAACUCCCCUCCUUGCCCUCUACUUGCGGUACUCAUUAAGGAACUACCUGCUCUAAUCUGCUUGGAAGGGGCUAGUAUUGAGCCUAAAAGCAAAAAUAUCCACCUGUUUCUCCAAAGGUUUCAACUAAAUAUAUUUCUACUAGACCAACAUCAUAGUGAAUUGAGGGUGAGGUGAGUUCUUCCUUUUCCAGUGAUCACUUAAUACCCAAAUUGUAUCAACGUCACUAUUUUCCUCUUUCCUUUUCCUCACCCGUUCUCUUUAUUUCUUGUUUCUCUCUAAGACUUUAAAUUACCUCUUCCUCUCCUCACUGCCUUAAGAACUCUAAUCAUCAUGACACCUGAGGGCUCAUUUCCCUCCCUUCCCCCUACCCCGUUGUGAAUGUCCUCCUUUGAGAUUUAUGUGGUGAAAGAGCACUGACACGAGUGAGUUCAUCAGCAUGAGACUCGUAGGCAGAGCGGAGCAUGUCUUCACUGUACCUUCAGGUUUUAAAAGUUAUCAAUUUUCUUUUGAGAGUGGGAGGACCUGAGUCACAGUUUUAAAUGUCAGCCGUACUAGCUGAGGUCACAAAUUCUUUUCACCUUCACAUUUGGCCAAAGACAGAGAGAAAAAUAUUUUCCGGUUUUUUUUUUUCUCUUUUUUUAAAUACCACAGUGUUCAAAUUCCUGAUAUGAGUAGACCAUUUCUGAGGGAGAAAAAAAAUCAUCAGUGAUGACUCUUUCAACUCCUACUAAUAUUUAGCCAAAUGACAUACAGGUACUAGACUUAGAGAAAUCUAAUGAAAGGGGUAACAUUUCAGAAUAAUUUUGAUACCUGCUCAAGCCCUAGUGAGCUCUUCUAAAACAGGUAAAUCCACUUCUACUCAAAGGCAUCACAGGAGAUAAUUAGGGAGAAUUUUUUUCACGUCAUGUUUUUGAAAAACAAAUAAUUGUUGAUUGGUUUAGAACUUUAAGCAGUAAUUUACUAAGGGAUGAAAAGAUCCAUCAAGUUUCUAAAGUGUCUAUUUUGCAACCAGAUAUUUUUAAACAUAAACGUAAUAUGUGCUUAAAUAAAAUAAUAAUAGGGCAGAACAGAUACUUGAAGAGCCAUGUAAUACACUCCCCAGUAACUAAGCAUUCACCAUGUAAUUUGGUCAUCAUGCUAGAUCUCAUUUCAGUGAGUUACAGCUGUCUGGUUGCCAGAGCAUUGUCCAAAAGACUCAUACAUUUCUGGGUCUCCCCCUUUACAGGACGCUUAUGAUGCAAUCUGAACAACUAUGUAACACAGUCUUUCCUGACUCCCCGUCCAGCACUCUUACUGUGAUACUGCUUUGGCUCUCAGCUCUUGGGUGGACCAUUCUGUGGCAUCUAGAGCGCUACCUGUUUCUGAGCACACAGGGGUAUGCUUCCAUUUCUUGCUUUACACAUUGACAAACAGAAGCAACAUUAAUGUCAGAAAUGUAGUCUUAAUUUGAUCUGAGGCUUGAUGCAGGUUUUACCUUAAUCAAACCAAUUUUUAACAUCUCACAGCAUAGAGAGCAAUGAAAUAAAGAAGAGGUUCGAAAACCUCCCUGAGUCCCACAUCUAGCAGGAAACCAACACUUCUUAAAGUCAGUGUGUAUGUUGCUUAGGACCGUCGUCUUCACUUAGCAUGUUCUCCCCAUCAUUCUUAUCUCCUUCUCUUUGUCCAUUCUGACUCCCUCUAUCUUUUUUUUUUUUAAGUACUCUUCAUCUAAAGUAUUCCUCUCCUCAGGCAUUGACUUCUGAAAGAACAAAAGACUCUCUUUUAAAUCCUAAAUGCCAUCAUUUAAAGUAUAAUGUGGAAGAGGAGCGGAUCUGGUUCCGAUAGGUCCCAUUGGGUCCAGUUUAUCACAAAGAUUCUUCCAGGAUGCCUUCUUGACCUUGUUCCUUCUAGUGCUGCAAGAAGAGCUCUAACCCUGAGACCCCAGAUUUCUCACCACAGCCUCUGCAUUAGUCUAGAUUAAUGUUGAAAUUCUGUUGAAUAUUCUGGAGAGUCCAGGAUGUGAAUUUCUUGUUACUUUCGAGCCUCCUGCUUUUCUAAGCUAACACCGGCAGCCCUAACGGUAAGUAAUGCAGCAAAAUAACGGUCAGAAACAUUACAGUAUACAUUUGGGAGGACAGGAAGGGAUUUCUUUCUUUGCCUCCAUAAAAAGCUUGCUUCCUCCCCCGGCCCCACCCCCACAAUGCAUUUCAGAAGCUCUACAUCUCACUUUACAGAUAUAUAGUUUUAGGAUUUGCAGAUAGAGCUUAGGAAAUAUUCUGAGAUUGAGGCUGGUAGCAAACCAGUUUAUUUUCUGCACUGGACUUUAGGACAAGUGUGCACGGAUACAAUUCCUUCAAAGAAAGUGAAACUAACAUAGUAAAGCAAAGGGAUAAUACUUUUACACAUUAAAACAGUUGUUUGCUAUCUGUAAACCUUGAUUUAAGCAUAAUUAUUACUUUUUAGAAACCUGAAACUGGAGGAAUGUGUAUUUUAGUGAAGUUUGUUUGUUGAUUUGUUUGUUUCCCUUUAUCUCUUUCUUCUCAAGGCAGUAAAAAAUGUUGAUUCUUUCAUUUGAUACUGUCCAUGGCCAUAGGCAUCAGUCAGAUCACUGCCCACCCUUACCUUACUCCUUUCCCUCUUAGAAUGAAAAGCCUUCCAUUCUAUCAUUAAGGAGUCUAUUCUCCAUGAAAAUCUUAUCUUCCUUUUCGAGUAGAAUGUGAGAGCUUUGAGGAGAAAGAGUCUCUCUGCACUUUGAGGGUAGAAUAGUUCAAAUAAAAGCUGUUCCUUGAAAAAGAAACCCCAUUUACCUAAACUUACAGGUAUGAGGCCUAAGGAUGGGAAUUGACUGUGGAUGAAGUUCACACUGCAAAUCCUUAUUGUCUUCUCAAAUUUUUGAAAUAAGGCUGAGGAUAGACUGAUGUAAUGAAAAUCCUCUUUGGAUGUUUCUUAUUAAUAUAGGACAGAAUCACCAGAAAAGAAAAAGAAAGGAUACUACUAAAAUGCCAAAAUCAGUUGAUCUGUGGAUUGCUAUAAUUGUUCAGAUUUCUGUUCUCUUCAUUUCAAAACUGCAUGUGCUCAAGAGGUCUUAAAUGGUGAAACACCACUCCUCCGUUGCCUCGCCUCUCCCCAACCUGGCACUGGAGGUGACAGUCACAGAGGGAGAUUGGCAUUGCCAGUACUUCACCCAUCCGUACUCUCACCACCACAAAAGAAAGAAAAACCAAAUUGGAAACUUUAAAAAAAAGAGGAAAUUGUAGUGCUUCAUUUGAAAGCAUACUGUUUUCAACUCAAUUCAAUUUACAGAUAGCCUGACAAACCUUUUUUUUUUUUUAUAAGUAUUUUAAUUAAUUAAUUUAUUUAUUUUAUUUUUGGCUGUGUUGGGUCUUCGUUUCUGUGCGAGGGCUUUCUCCAGUUGCGGCAAGCGGGGGCCACUCUUCAUCGCGGUGCGUGGGCCUCUCACUAUCGCGGCCUCUCGUUGCGGAGCACAGGCUCCAGACGCGCAGGCUCAGUAGUUGUGGCUCACGGGCCCAGUUGCUCCGCGGCAUGUGGGAUCUUCCCAGACCAGGGCUCGAACUCGUGUCCCCUGCACUGGCAGGCAGAUUCUCAACCACUGCGCCACCAGGGAAGCCCGACAAACCUUUUUAUAACCUGUCUUUUAUGCUAUAAUUUGCAUUCUUAGCUGAAUCUUUAAAAUAACUGCAAUUUCAAUUAAGUGAACAGAGGAAAAGCAAAGAGGGGAAACAGGACAAUGUGAUGGGACUAAAUCUGAUACAGUUCUGGAUUCCUAAAGCCAGUUCUCAGGGUUAGCAGGGAAAGUCAGCACCACUCGCCCUUUGCCAUUUUUGCCCAUUCUCACUAUUAUAGGCCUAAGAAUUAGUAAAAUAACCUCACUUCUUUGUGAUUUAAGACUUCUCUUAAUGCCAUCAAAACCAGAUAGAGAAACUACAGAAACCCUUGACUGCUCCCAUUACUAAUCUGCUCUCCGGGGCUUAUGCAGAGAGAUAACGGACAAUAAAAUAAUGGUUCAAAUUUAAUACAAGCUUUAGACAUAGACUAAAGUGCUUAGUGUAUGUUCACUGCCAGAGGGUUCUUUGAAAAAUAAGGUGAGUUACUCUGCUCUGCUGUCCUUGGCACAGACUUUGAUUUGGAACCAUCUAUAUGUAGGUUUGUAAGAGAGGAUUAUCAAAAGCAUUGUCAGCAAUUAAACUCCUUCUUUAGUCCCAGUGAUUACGUUUUCCCGAGGGGCCUAUUGAGAUAUAAAUUAAGGGUAACUUUCAUAUAUCUAAUUAAAUUUGGUUUUUUGCACUAUCGUUAAAAGAACUGUGGUUUUCAGGGUAAAUGAAAGCAGAGUCUCUUGGUAAUCCUCAUCGUGGCAAACAAAGGCAAGAAGUUGAUAGAAUCAAGAAACUCUAUGAUAGCGUAGUGUUCCAAAGGAAUUUGAGUGUGCUGACCCCACUAAUGUUUCCAUAAUCUAUUCUAAACUACAUAUUGAUCCUCCUGAGACUUCCAGCAUGCAUGUGGUAUGUGCAGACAAGCAGAUUUACACCUGGAGGGUGGGGACCCAGGCAAACUGGAGAGAAUGAUUCUGGAGGAUGAUCAAAUGCAAGGCAUCUCUCCAAAAUCACUCAGUACUGCCAUAUCCCAAACUAAGUCCAGAUUAAUCUUAAGCAAAAAGUAAGUUCCAUAAGACAUCCUGCUAUGAAUGUUUUUUCUUACGGAAUAAUACAAGAAGAGGUACAAUGCAGACCCUUAAUUUUGGUGUAAUAAUUCACUUUUAUAUUUAAUAAUUGUACUUUUUGUGUGAGUGUGUCAUUGAGCUAUUUGUACCAAUUUUCAAUCUGUCAUCCUGAGAGGGGCCUUGAGAAUUUCUGUGUAUGUGUAUGUAGAUCUGUAUUUAUGUGUAGUCAGAAAAAAUGGAUAGGAGAGGAAUGAGGCAAGAGAGAAGGUCAAUGUGAAAAAGUGAGUGCUCUUAGUGUCCCUAUUUAUGUUAGGUAAGGUGGCUGCUGCCCAAAGCCCUCGAGGAAUAGCUGAUUGCACUAUUCAAAAAUAAGAACCCAGCACUGUUAAAUUUAGGACCGUGUUUUGGGAAACAGGAAAGCUUUAUCUUUUUCUGUACCCAUUCCCUUUAGCAUCGGAGCCAUUUGACAUGAUGAAAAGCAUUCAGUAAAAAACCACUACUGAUCUUUGCAUUAAAUAGCUAUUUUCCUCUUCUAAAUACUACCCUUGGUUUCAACUCAACUCCUUCCCUUUAUUUUCUGCCUAUUGGCUUAACAUUUUACAGAAUAACGCCUAGGCGUAUGCUAGUUGUUUCCUUCCUUUGAGCUGAACCAAACAGGGACAACGAAAGAGAUGACUUACGGAAGUGUGAGACUGAAUUUCCCACUUUUGUGGCACUGGUAACUUUUAGCAAGAGCUGUUUAGGGUUGAGCUUGGGGCUGUAAUAGGGCUUUUUUUUUUUUUUUUUUUUUUUUUUUUUUUUUUGCACUAAAUAAAUAUGACUGCACUGCAUUGCACUACUGAAAUGUAUUUACUUGUGCCGGGAGAGAGUGUGUGAGGUAUGGGAAAGAAAGAGGCAAGUGUUGAAACUAGAAGCACCACAAAAAUGGAGGGUUAUUUCCGUCAUGCUUGGUCUUAGCAGGGUUGGUAAAAAUCUGUGGAAUCUGCCAACUCUUGAUCAGGCCUAGAAACUGCCAUGCUGAUAGGAUCUGUUUUCUUAUUAUAAAGAAGCUGAGUUAGUACUGUAAACUGAAGACGUUUAAGGAGAAGUUUGCCCAAUGUUGUCUCCAACUAAGCUUUCAGUAAGAGUUGCGAUGGUGAGGAAGCCAACCGAGGUGACCGGAAAGUCUUCACCUUGGCCCGAGGUAGGGCCUCCUUUCAGAAAAACCUCACCUUGUCCAUAUUGGAGGUAUCUUUCAGCCUGAGCAUGCUUUUUCAUCGCUGGGUGAAACCUAGAUCAGGCUAACCAAAGAGGAAGGCCAUGCAUGUGGUAAAAUCCUUUAAGAUGACAGUAAGGGAACAGUGCAAUAAACAUUGAAAACCAGUGAGGUGAAAGGUUUAUCUGAAACAAGCUAGGCCAACUUUGAAAUUGGAGGAAGCGUUGGAGGAUUAAUCAGAACCUACUUACUAGCUGCUCCAUCAGAGACUAUCCUUUAUAAAGCAGAAGACCUUAACAGUGCCUAAAAGCCUAGUUUUGAAGUUGUUGCUUUUUCUUUCAAUUUUUCUUUAUUGGAUUUAUUUUUAUUGCCUUUUUAAAUCUUAGAAGUAAUUAGAAUUUGACAGCUCUUUAGUGACUAUUAAUAAAAGAAUCUUUCACCACAGGAAAAGCAAUAGAUUGUGUAGGGAAUAAUAACAGGAGAGUGAAGAUGCUGAAGGACUCGUCCAGAGUCCAAGGUGACAGCUUUGAAGAUUCUGGUUCAGUAAGAAAGGGUCACAACCCAUAUCAAUGGGUAAUGUGGAAUUUCUCUGAUCACUAUCACAUGUUGGAGCAUCAGUUUGGAAAACUCUCGGUUGCGGCCUUUCUGAAGAUUACAUUGAUGCCUAUCUCUUUCUCUCUCCUCCUUAGCACCCAUCCAAGUCUACUUUUCCAUGUUAAAAAAUUUUUAAGGAAGCUGUCAGCCUUGCUAGGCAGAAAAACUCCAUUUAGAGCUUUCAGAACUAAUGUAAGCAGUCCCUUAAGCACUCAAAGUAUUAUCUCCCUUUCAAAUAAGAAACUCUAAAUUCAGAGCUCUUAACAGGUACUUAGAGAUGUGUAUUGGGUAAGCACUGAGAAGAUACCGACUGCACCAAACCAAAGUUACAGAAAGAAAUAAUUGACCUUUUAAAAUAUAUUCACAGUAACUGCCCUAUGAUACUUCUCUUGAGGCUUUUGGAAAAUAACUUCUUCCUUGAAACUUGCAUACCCACUCCAGUUCUGUCACCAAAGAUUUUCCUUUCCAGAACCCCACCUCCUCUCUUGCAGACAAAAGUAAUACAACAGGCUCAAGGGAUAUGCUUUGGUGGUCAAGGGAUGAUACUUUGGUUUUCAUUCUGUUCACAGUGAUAUUUACAGGAGACUUGUUGUUAGAGGAGCUACUGAAUUGUCUUUAUGACUUAGGGUUUGGUUAGAGGUUUAAAAAACUAGGAAAAAAUAGAUAAGCGCUAGUACUUGACACUGUAAACUGUCUUUAUAAUAGUCAUGACCUGGAGACUGAUGGAGAGAAAGAAACUUCCAUGGAAGAGAGUGAGCUAAAUCAUGUAGAACCAAACAAGGGUCCCUGGUGAAAUGUGGGGCAGCGUGGACACAGAGCCGGUCAGUGGUCUGCACGGCCGGAGCCAAGAGCAGUGGCCAGUGGGAGAGUCAGAUAACUGGCCAGUGAGUUCAAGUACUGGAAAAGCCACAGUCUGGGUUUCAUUGUAGUUGCUGGAGUGGUGAAAACAUCCAUGCCCACGGCAAGGAAGAUGCUGAGGCUGAUCUCUUGUGAUAGUGCCUUUCUUGUUGUAGCGAGUACUAGGUUAAUAAUCUGUUCAGUUACGCUUUUCUGGAUCAUUGCCCCCAGUCUUCUGAGGAGGUCUGAAGGGAUAGUAUUCACCUAGGAUGAAGGGAUAGUGUAUUGCUCCUGGAAUGCUGUGAUGUGAUGAUAUUUGCACUAGAUUCUAAACUUUAAACUGGAGCAACUGAAUGAGAGAAAAACCAAGGAUAGUUCAGAGAAACCAAAAGCAGUAUUUCCUGACUGAUGUCAUUUCUUUGUCUUCUUCGUCUUCUUUUUUUUUUUUUUUUUUUUUUCCUGUAAGAAAACUUCACACUUGUUGAUUACCAAGCUCAACUUUUACCAAUUCUUUUCCUUCUUAUUUUUUUCCCCACACUGGACCAUCGGUGUGAAUUAACCAUCAGGUAGGAAUGGUUAAUGGAAAGGGCCUCUGUCAUUACAACUUCACACCCCUUCUCUGCUUCAUCAAGGGCGUGGGGGGUGGGGGGCAGGGAGCCUCCAGAGCCAUCGAGCCCUUAGGAAAGCCAGUAAGCAUAGAUGUCAUGUCAAGAGCUGUGCUGACACAUAUUUGCUCAGAGGACAUUGGGGCCCAGGGCCAAUCCUAAAGGAUGCUCAGAAAGAAGGAAACCAAUGUGCUGAAGAAAACAAAGGGAGGUGGUGCCCAAAGUUUGCCUAGUUCUCCUGUCUCUUCUCUUUCCCACCUCACCCUCAUAUCCCCUCUAUCGGAAUUAUAUUUCAUCUCAUAUAUUAUAUGGUACCAGAAGAAUUGUUUGGUUCCUUGGUUUCUCUCUUUAUCAGUGGGCUGGGAACUCCUCCAAUAUUAAAAACAAAUACCAUCAGUGGCUCUCCUGUGGCCUACCAGUUUCUCAAAUGCUGUCCAGCUGGUCUUGACCAGUCAACUAAGAUAACUUGGAAGCUUUGGCUGGCUCACUUUCACCUGUCCACUUUAUUUUCGUUUUGUUUCCAUUUCCAUUUGAAUUUUGAGUGAUCCUAUGGAAAGGUGGAAAUCACAGGAAAAGUUUGGAGGCUGUAAUUCUAGGGCAUAGCUUGUCAGGAGUUUGUAUUACCCAAAAGAUAUCUUUUUCCACCUGUUUUCAGUUGAAUCUGUUGCCCUGAUCAUAAUUUCUAUCGUAUUUGUGGUUAUUUUUAUAAGAAUAGAGUCCAUUUGCAAUGUCUCUUUGAGUGCUUUUUUUCUAUUUUCCCCACAUAGAUGCAGUACCAACCUGUUAAUGAAAUACCUUUUUAUUAUAUUAUUAAUAUGUAAUUCUACUGUAGACCAAAAAUAUAAAAAAAAUUUUGUUCAUUUUAAAGAUAUAAAGAACUAGUGAGUGAAAGAUUAAGAGUUGAAGGAAAAGACAGAAGAGCAGUGGUUAACUAUGUUGAGUUAGAAAUCUAAGAGUAGCCUUACCUAUUUUUUAACCAGUGCUUGCCAAUCAUACCAUAGUUGGGAUUAUAGUCUUGGCUCCUUCAUGCUUAUGUUUUAUAAUUCUUGUUUGUCUGUUUGUUUUCCUUUGAUGUAAUUGAGGUUGCACAUCAUGCUAUUUUUGGCAAUGCCUGAUUUUAUUAUAUUGUACUUUUGUGGGUCAUUUCCUUUAGAAGGAUGGGGGAAAAGUUUUAUUUCUUCUUUUAAUUUAAAAUUUGUUUAAUGCACUGGAAAUAAAAUUGGACAUAUUUCACUGUUUAAAAAAUCAGAAACAAAACAGAACAAAAACCACAAAGAAAAAACCAGCAACCAAAUAAGCAACAGGGAAAAAAAGCUUGGGGAAAAACAAUCUGUUUGUACUGGAUACACAUACAAAAUACAUCCCACACAAAAGAGGAAUACCAUCAAAUAAGAACAAUAUAUGUUUAAGCUGCAAUACUGAAAUGGAAAAGAUACCUGGGUUCAAUGGGGAUGGGGAAAACAGGACAUUGCUUUGAGAUUUGAGAUCUCGUUAUUGUUCCAAUUAGUGCCCAAACUGGUUAAAUGUGGGCGUGGUGACUACAGAGGAAAUAGCCCCAGCCUUCCGCAUACCACUGGAGCUCUCCAUUACCAUUUAUCAGACGCUUGAGCUCCACUGUAAGGGGGAAGAAAAAUGUGCUAUGAUGGAGAAACUGGCUUGUAUAGAGGUAUUUGUACAGUACACACGUGGACACAGUUUAGUCCUCUGCUUAUCCUCAUGUUUCUUUUCUCCCUGAGUAUUUGCAGCAGAUAAACCCACAACAUGGGAGACUGUAAAUGACUCCUCAGAACAUCAGCUAACGCUAAAGUACCUCUUGACUCCAAACUGAUCUCCCUUCUUGAGCAUUCCCAGAUACCAACAGAGCCAGUAACCCAUACAAAGGCACAGUGGAAGGAAAGAGAGAUUUUUUCUAGUCAACCAGCUGUAUCUUUUGUUUAAUGUUUGCUGGGUUUUUCUGGUUUUGUUUUGUUUUAGAGUUGGGGUGGGAGUGGACAUAACUUCACAAACCUAAUACAGUAAUUGUUUUGCAUCUUCCAUGUUUUAUGCAAAAGCAGACAUUUAAAUCAAUAAAUAAUCGUGCCCUAGACUGAAAGUUAAUGUUUAGGAGAGGAAAAAAAUUGUUGGAAUUUUUUCUACAUUUUUUUGUGAAGAAUCUUUUUUGGAAAGGAAGGAUACAUAUUUUUGUUGUGUAAUAUUUUCUAUUUUUGAAUGCAUUUUAUUGGUACAAGACUGUUUUUUUGGUGAAGACAUUAUUUAAAAAAAAAAAAGAAAAAAACUAAUUGAAAAGUUUGCCCUUAAGGAUAUGCUGCAGUUUUGAGGUUAAAAAAAAAAAAAUAACUGAUUCAAGAUGCGUGUUAAAAGUUGGGAUUAUAUUGUUGUUUUUUGUAAUUGUUACAAGAAGAAGUUUGUACCCACUGCUGUUUAUUUUGUUUCAGAUGAGUAAGUAAAGGGAUUGUUCUUGUUUUAUUCUUUUUUUAGAGAAAAAAAAAAGCUAUUUAUGAAAUGUCAAAAACACUGGACUGUGAGUUUAAGUGUGGAAGCAUUUUACCACCCUGUGUCUUCGACCAAUUAUGGGAAACCCCUUUUCUCUUCCCCCCCACCCCCUGCCUUAGCCUUGCCAAAUGAGAAAAAAUGUAACAGCUGUCGGAUGAUCGAAGCCACUGAAGACCUGCUUUAAUUUUUACGGUUUGAAAAAGUUGGAAAACCAAAGUUAAAUUUCUUUCUGAAAUCCCACUGUCCGUAGCCCUUUUUUUUUGUAUGACACAGCCGGUUGACUCUGCCUCUCUGUCUCGGAUCAUUGCCUUCUUAAGGACUGGGGGCCAGUUCUGAUGCAACAGAGGCAUAAAGGCGGUGAGCCUGAGAGUUGAGGUCUCGUGAAGUCCAUGUGAGCGGGGCUUCAACUUCUCAGCGGGCAGCCACGCUUGCCAUCCUGCGGGGAGGCUGCCGAGAGAGCAGGGCUGGCCUGCCUGAGCAGAGACGCCCCCUCAUCGCCUCCAUCCUCGGCUUCUAAGACCUUCCUGUUACCAUCGCUCUCUAGACUGGCUUUGCUUCUCUCGGCAGCCCACCUUCCAUGGAUGGGGUGGGGGGGAGGAAGGAGCCAAUGGAAAGAAGCGGCUGUGGGUGCUGCGAAGGCACCCCCAGCCCUGGGGAAGGUGGGGCAAGGGACCCCCUAGCACAGGGGAGCUUGCCUGCCUCGUCUUUGGCUGUGUGGAUUGUCCGCCCAUCUGCUCACUGUGAAGACGGAGAGGCAGAGUGCCCUAAGGCUGUUCAAUAGCUUUUCCAUAUUUUUUCAAGAUUGAGAAAAUAAUUUUUAAAACUGUGAUUAAAAAAAAAAAAAUCAUUUGGCUGGAGGGAAGGGAAAAGGGAAACACCAAAAGCUGUAACAUGAUUAACUGGAGAUAUUUAACUGGGGGCACUUUCUAGACCAAGACAAAUGAAUUCCGUUCUGGACCCUAAAGCAGCCAAAUCUUGAGACUGUCUAUGACAGAAAGCUGAAGAGAGGCCUCCAUUUCCUCCUUUCUUCUCUCUGUCUCGAAAUUCUCUCUUGUUCUCCUUUUCCGGCUUCCCUUGGACGACUGCCCCAAUGGCCCUUGGUCUCCCAUCUCACUUGUGUGUGCACCUACACACACACACACACUUGCACAACACCAUUUUUCUUAAGGAUUGUGGGACCGAAUAAAAUCUUGUGCCUUCAUUUUUUUCCUUUUAUAGUUAGAUGAACCUCUUCCUUUUUCACAAUGUUUAAAAAAUAGGGGAGGUUGAAGUG